AACUACAGCCAUUUAUUGUUUGUUACAAUAAAGUUCAAUUGAAGGAUUGCUUCCUGUCAAUCGUGGAGCUCCCCUUUGCAGCCAGAUCCUGUCUUAGAAAGAGCCGACGAGAGGGAGCUGAGGUUGGCAUCUUCUGGGGCACCACAUAGGUGAGGAUGGAGCGCACCGUGCGAGAUGUCCUGCUCAAGGCCUUGGAUAAUCUGACUGAGCAGAGCUUCCAGAGGUUCCGCAGCAAACUACCAGACUGUAAAAUCGAGGAGGGCUUCAGAAAUAUCCGCAGAGGAUCGCUAGAGAAGGCAGAUCGGGACGAUGUGGUGGAUCUGAUCCUGAGGAACUACGCCAAUUCUUACGGACCGGAGCUGACGGCGGAUGUUCUGGAAAGCAUCGAUGAGGGUCGAGUGGCCUCGGAUCUUCAGAAGGAUCUGGAGAAUGAAGUUUUUCCAAAAGUCCGGAGAACAAGACCAUUGAGGAGGCCGGUGCAGCGUGCUGAAGAUGAAGGGGCGGCCCCCAGUAACAUGACCAAUGCCCUGACCUGCUGCGUGUGCAUGGAACUCUAUACGGAUCCGGUGUCUCUGCCGUGUGGCCAUAGCUACUGUAUGGGUUGUAUCACCAGGACGUGGCAGAACCAGCAUCCACGCGUGGCCUCCUGUCCUCUGUGCGCAAGGACCUACCCCAACAGGCCGGAGCUGAACAAGAACUGGGGCCUGUGUGAGUUAGUGGAGGUCUAUAGAGCUCAGCCCGGCCAACACUCCUAAUACAUGAGGUCCGGGGGGGUCUAUAGGUGAACAGGAUCCCCCUGCGGGCCCCAAUAGACAUCAGAUACAGUAAAGCCCAUCUCCGGGGGGAACAACAAUACUCACUUGCGGUGGAGUUGCCCUCACACUUCAGGCUUGAAGAGCUUCUACUGACUAAAUGGCUUUUUACCUUCAUGCAUUCUAAUACUUGGUGCUCCAACUAUUUAAGGCCCUUGAGUCUCCUUAGAUUUUAUCAGAUGUUAUAAAUGUGUUGAAAAGAAAAAGUGAGAGAAAUGUGCGAUGUUUUAGUGUUUUCUUUAUUCAUUAUUCUCUGUGAUUUUGGAUUUCAGUAAACAAACACUAUAUUAUCAAAA